CAACGUAACACUAAGCAGCUAACACUCUUUUAUACUAAAGUCCGUCUAUCUUUUGCAACAUGGGGCUUUUAUGGGCCGAAACCUUUGCCAUGACCGCAACUGUAGUAUUCUAUAUGUUUUCUUCUAUAUUCUUCUCCGUAAUUUCGCUGUAUUUGCUAAUUUUAACGAUGCGUUUCUACGUACGAAAAGUUACUAAGAAUUCACUUACACAUCUGAGGUCGAUGGAGAGAAUGCAAUCAAAUUUGAAGCCCGUUGUAAUUGGAUUCUUCCAUCCUUAUUGCAACGCUGGCGGUGGAGGAGAAAGAGUAUUAUGGAUCGGCAUCAGAGCGAUUCAACAGAGGUACAAUUUCGUGAAAUGCGUAGUCUACACUGGUGAUUCUAACGUUAGUGGUCCGGAAAUACUCGAGAAAGCAAAAACAAGAUUCAACAUUAGUCUUCCUGGACCUGUGGAAUUUGUUUUCCUGAAGAACCGCUCGUGGGUCGAAGCAGCUCGUUAUCCGGUGUUCACUCUUCUCGGCCAAAGUCUUGGCUCUGUCCUUCUUGGGUGGGAAGCACUCACAAGUUAUGUCCCUGAUAUCUAUAUUGACACAAUGGGAUAUGCCUUCACUAUGCCUUUGUUCAAGUACAUAGGUGGUUGCCAAGUCGGUUGCUAUGUCCAUUACCCAACCAUAUCCACUGACAUGCUAGCACGUGUAGGCAGCAAAGAGUCUUCGUACAAUAACUCUUCCCUUAUUAGCAAUAGUCGUCUACUAAGCCUCAUUAAGCUUCUAUACUAUUAUAUGUUUGCAUUUAUUUACGGCAUGGCUGGGCGGUGUGCAGAUGUUAUAAUGGUCAAUUCUUCCUGGACAUAUGGUCAUAUAAUGUACCUCUGGAAAAACUAUAAGAACAUGUCCAUAGUAUACCCCCCAUGUGACACCAAAUCUUUCCAGGAAAUUCCGAUCUGCUUGCCACAAGAUGGUGUUAUCAAGACUAUCAUUUCCAUUGGUCAGUUCAGGCCAGAGAAAGAUCAUCCCCUUCAGCUUAAAGCAUUUGCAGAGUUCCUCAAAGGUCAGCCCAAAAGCUCAAGAUCCCAGUACAAACUUGUAUUGAUUGGUAGCUGUCGAAAUCAAGAUGACGCUGACAGAGUAGAUAAUCUCCGUGAGCUAGCCAAGAGUCUAAGCAUUCGUAAGCAUGUUGACUUUGCCCUUAAUGUGUCUUUUGAUGAGCUGAGGGAGUUCAUCGGAAGUGCCAGUAUUGGUCUGCACACUAUGUGGAAUGAGCAUUUUGGCAUUGGUGUGGUGGAGUGUAUGGCCGGAGGGAUUGUCAUGCUUGCCCAUGAGUCUGGAGGACCCAAGAUGGACAUUGUCAUUGAGUGGGAAGGCAAACCAACAGGGUUCCUAGCAAGUGAUGAGAAAAGCUAUGCUAGUGCAAUGGAAACCAUUUUCUCACUACAACCUGAGGAGAGAAGUGUCAUUUGUCACAAUGCAAGAAGCAGUGUAGCUCGAUUUUCCGAGAGUGCUUUUGAGUUAGGCUUCCUAAGGUGUACAGAGACUCUAUUCAUGGGAGUUUAGUUGACCAAGUACUGCAAUGCAUAGUUUGAAUAAAAAACAACAGCUAGGACAAGAGUGAUAAAACAUGUCAACAGCUUGUUUAGCUACCAAUACCAAAAUUUAUUAUGAUAGACUUCCUUUCUCAUAAAUAUAAUUAGCUAACAAACUUUAGAGCCAUCCAGUGCUAAGGUAACAUGUUUAUUACCUCUAAUUUCUUGCUUAUAAUGAAAUGUAUGCAAAAAAAGCUUAUAGUUGUUUCAAAAUCUCCAAAUGAAGAACUUUCUAAAUAAAAUUCAAUUUUUCCUUAAUUUAACUCGGAACAAUAAAAUUGUAGUGCAGACGUUAUCUUGCAAGGCAUUCUUGCGUUUGGCAUUCAAAAUUUACAGGAAUAGUUUGGUAUGUGAUGGCUAUACAUGAAGGGUUAAUCUAUGUGUACCAAGAAAUAUUGGCUAAGGGAUGGUAGAAAAAAUCAAUGCUUUUGAGGUAAUGAAAUGAAUAAUUGUAGUAAUUUUGUUUUAGUUCUUGCUGAACAGCAUACUGUCUGUUAAAAAAAGUGGUAUCUGUGAAUGUAAUUUAAAUUACAUGGAUUGCUCAGGGGCUCUCUGAAUAAAAAAAAAAUAAGCCCA